CCAGGCCAUAUUUCCCGUUAUAACAGUCUCACUUGCAGCAGAGAUUUGGUGGAAGAUGAUAAUUUACUUGGUUAUAAACGUCCUUUAGAAAAAGAUGAUCUAUACGUUUUGAAUGACAAAAGAACUGCUAAAAUUGUAACAGAUAACUUUGAAGUCGAAUGGCAAAAAGAAACUCAACAAAUUGCGAUGGGAAAAAAACCAUCUUUAUUAAAGGCUCUAUACAGGGUUUUGUGGGCUAAAUUUUGCUUGGCAGGCGCAUACUUCGCCAACUUUAAUAAUGGUGUACAACCACCUACAUAUGUUGGCUACGUAUUAAUUGUUGUCUUUUUCUUAGUGCAAAUGGGUGAAGUAAUUACAAUCAACUUUUACUUUUAUUGUGGAAUGGAAACCGGUAUUCUCUCUCGCACUAUUCUCAUAACUGCUAUCUAUCGAAAAGCGUUAAUUUUAAGUGGAAAAGCUAGGUGCUUAUUUACUAGUGGAAAGAUCACUAAUCUAAUGUCCACUGAUACUACGCAUAUAGACGAUUUAUGCGCUUAUUUUCACUAUCUUUGGUCUGCCCCUUUUCAAAUUUGUAUGGCAUUGGGUUUGUUAAUAUAUAAUAUUGGUCUAUCUGCACUAGCUGGCUUUGCUUUAUUAGUUAUGGUGGGUUUUAUACAAGGAAAUGUUGUGCCGUUAUUGACACGUAUUAGAGCUAAAGCUUCUGGUGUUACUGAUGAACGAGUAAAAUUAACUCAAGAGAUUUUACUAGGAAUUAGAGUUAUUAAAUAUUAUGCUUGGGAAGAUAGUUUUGCAGCUGCCCUUAAUAAAUUAAGAAAUAAAGAAAUUGGUUUUAUUAGGUCUUUACUAGUUAUUAGAUCUAUUAUUAUUGGUGCUUCAAUGGUUGCCCCCGUAUUUGCUAGUGCCCUAUCAUUUAUAACAUUCUCAUUAACAGGAGCUGAUGAAUUAUCUGUUUUACCGGAAAUCAAUCCGAAUGAACAAUAUGCUAUUAAAGUUACUGAUGGUGAAUUUAUUUGGGAAAGUUCUCCACUAGAAGAAAUUAUCGAUAAGUCGAAAAAAAGAAAAGAAAAUAAGUCAAAAAAUUAUAAUAAAACUGAUAAAAAUGAAAAUGUUUCUUCAAUUAUUGUUGAUUAUGAAAAGGCUCCAGCUUCGGUUGAUGAUGUUUUUGACGACUCUGCAGCUCUGAUUCCUGCCGAAAAGGUUGAAAAUUCCCAUCAACUUUCUCCAAAAUCUCAUCUUCAUAAUAUUAAUAUUUCAAUACCUCGUGGAAAGUUAAUUGCCAUUGUUGGUUCCGUAGGGUCUGGUAAAUCUUCACUAUUGUCUGCUCUGGUUGGUGAAAUGAAAAGAAUUAAAGGGGAGGUUAUAUUUGGUGGAAAUGUUGGGUAUUGUCCUCAAACUGCGUGGAUUCAAAAUGCUACAAUCAGGGACAAUAUUACUUUUGGAUUACCUUUUGAUGAAGAGAAAUAUCAACGAGUGAUUAAAGAUUGUUGUCUAAAACCAGAUUUAAAUUUAUUACCUGCUGGUGAUUUGACUGAAAUUGGGGAAAAAGGAAUUAAUUUAUCUGGGGGACAAAAACAACGUGUCAACAUCGCAAGAGCGGUAUAUUAUGACGCUGAUAUUGUGUUAUUUGAUGAUCCAUUAUCAGCAGUUGACGCGCAUUCGACUACAUACUAUGGAUGGAAGAUCGCUGAGCAAGGAACUUAUAAGGAAUUAAUGAAAAAUGGGCAAACUUUUUCGAAAUUUAUUGCUGAGUAUGGUGAAGCCGAAAAUGCUGAUGAAAUAAAAAAAGACGAGGAAUUAACAUUGAACGAAAAAGAAAGUAAAAAAGUUCGGACAACAGUAUUGCUUAAAGGAUUAAUGUCAACGGAAGAACAAUACAGAGGGGCAGUGAAUAAUGAGAUUUAUUUGGCAUAUAUUAGGAAUGCAGGCCUUGAUUCAGUAUUAAAAUCUUCGCUAUAUGCUCAUUUUUCCGAAACACUUUUGGGACUUCCGACUAUUCGCGCUUAUCGUGAACAAGGAAGAUUUUUGAGAAAUAACGAAGCGUUCUUAGAUAUCGAAAAUAGAGCCUACUUUCUCAUUAUGUGUGUCCAACGAUGGCUUUCAAUUCGUAUUGGAAUUAUCACAAAUAUCUUAAUAUUUUUUGCAAGUUUGUUUGCAAUAAUUUUUAGAUUUAAUAUUGUCCCUUCAAUUACUGGAUUAGCAUUGGCUUAUGCACUUCAAGUUACUUUAAAUUUUAUUUUGUGUGUUAAACAAUUUACCGAAUUGGAAACAUAUAUGAACUCAGUAGAACGUUUAAUUCAUUAUAGCGACAAAUUAGAAGUAGAAGCCGAGAAUAUAAUACCGGACAACAGAUCACCACCUGGAUGGCCAGCUCGUGGAGAAAUUCAUAUCAAAAAUUUAGAAAUUAAGUAUGGACCUGAUAGCCCUCUAGUUUUGAAAGGCAUCUCAGUUGAUAUUAUGGCUGCUGAAAAGAUUGGAAUUGUUGGUCGAACUGGACGCGGAAAAUCAACGUUGGCAAUGUCAUUCUUUAGAAUUAUUGAACCAACUUCUGGUAGUAUUUUAAUUGACGAUGUCGAUAUCAGUACUAUUGGAUUAAGAGAUCUUAGAAGUAAUAUUACUAUAAUACCUCAGGAUCCAGUACUAUUUAAUGGUACUAUAAGAAGUAACUUGGAUCCAUUCAACGGGCAUAGCGAUCCCGAGUUAUGGGACGCACUUCAUCGUGUACACUUAACUAAAAUUUCCAGCCUUACUCAUGAAAAACAAUCGAAAGUUAUCCUUUCUAUUUCGGACCAAAAAAAUAACAAACAAGAACCAAUAAUGCUUGACUCGCCUGUCAAAGAAAACGGAUCAAAAUUUUCCCAAGGUCAGCAACAACUGAUUGCAAUGGCCAGAGCAUUAAUUCGUCAUUCCAAAUUGAUAAUAAUGGAUGAAGCUACUGCGAGUAUAGAUUUCAAAACUGAUCAUUUAAUACAGGCUACAAUUAGAGAAGAGUUCAAGAAUAGUACUGUCAUUACUAUUGCACAUAGGUUGCGAACCGUCAUAGACUAUGAUCGAAUACUGGUUAUGGAUGCUGGAAAUAUAGUUGAAUUCGAUAUUCCAUACUUACUAAUGCAAAAAUCUGAUGGAUUAUUUAGAGGAAUGUGUGAGAGAAGUGGUGAGUUUGCGGAAUUAAUUGAAAUUGCUAAGCAGAAAUAUGAGA